UUUUCUUUUAUUUUUUUUUUUUUCUUCUUUUUUUUCCUAUUUUUUUUUUAAUACCAACCCCACCCCCCCUCUCUUCUUUUUCCAGUAAUCUUAAAAAAAAAAGAUGUUGAAGUUCUUGCAAUCUUCUUCACCCAAGGCAUUACGUGCUGCCAACGGUAGAAUGGCCGCCCGUGGUCUUCACUAUGCCAAGCCCGCCAUGCAAGUCAUGUCCACCAACCCUCUUCGUGCCCAAGAAGCUUCCGGUUCUAUUGCCAGCAAGUAUCCCAUCAUUGAUCACGAAUACGAUGCUGUUGUUGUCGGUGCUGGUGGUGCUGGUCUUCGUGCUGCUUUCGGUCUUGCCGAAGCAGGUUUGAACACUGCUUGUAUCACCAAAUUGUUCCCCACCCGUUCUCACACUGUCGCUGCUCAGGGUGGUAUUAACGCUGCUCUCGGUAACAUGACUGAGGAUGACUGGAGAUGGCACAUGUAUGAUACCGUCAAGGGUUCAGAUUGGUUAGGUGAUCAAGAUGCUAUUCAUUAUAUGUGUCGUGAAGCCCCUCACACCGUUGUUGAACUUGAGCAUUAUGGUGUCCCCUUCUCCAGAACUCCCGAAGGAAAGAUUUAUCAACGUGCUUUCGGUGGUCAAAGUUUGAAGUAUGGCAAGGGUGGCCAAGCUUACCGUUGUGCUGCUGUUGCUGAUCGUACAGGUCAUGCUAUUCUCCAUACCUUGUACGGUCAAUCACUCCGUCAUAACACUAACUUCUUCAUUGAAUACUUUGCUCUUGAUUUGAUCAUGGAAGAUGGUGAAUGUAAGGGUGUGAUUGCUUUGAACAUGGAAGAUGGUACUCUCCAUCGUUUCAGAUCUCACAAGACAGUGAUUGCCACUGGUGGUUACGGUCGUGCUUAUUUCUCUUGUACUUCCGCACAUACCUGUACUGGUGAUGGUAAUGCCAUGGUGGCCCGUGCUGGUCUCCCCCUUCAAGAUUUGGAAUUUGUUCAAUUCCAUCCUACCGGUAUCUAUGGUUCCGGUUGUUUGAUCACUGAAGGUUCUCGUGGUGAAGGUGGUUACCUUGUCAACUCUGCUGGUGAACGUUUCAUGGAACGUUAUGCACCCACUGCUAAGGAUUUAGCUUCUCGUGAUGUUGUUUCUCGUGCCAUUACCUUAGAGAUCAAGGCUGGUCGUGGUGUUGGACCCGAGAAGGAUCAUAUGCAUCUUCAACUCCAUCAUUUACCUCCCGCUGUUCUUCAAGAACGUUUGCCCGGUAUCUCUGAGACCGCUGCUAUUUUCGCUGGUGUUGAUGUUAACAAGGAACCCAUUCCUAUUUUACCCACUGUUCAUUAUAACAUGGGUGGUAUCCCUACCCGUUAUACCGGUGAGGUCAUCUCUGUGAAUGAAAAGGGUGAAGAUCAAGUUGUUCCUGGACUUUAUGCUGCUGGUGAAGCUGCUUGUGUUUCCGUCCAUGGUGCUAACCGUCUUGGUGCUAACUCUCUCUUGGAUAUUGUCGUCUUUGGUCGUGCUGUUGCUCAUCAUAUUGCCGAGACUUUGGAACCCAAUACUCCCUUGAAGCCUUUUGCUGCUGAUGCUGGUGCUGAAACCAUUGCCAACUUGGAUAAGCUCAGAUACUCUGAGGGACCCAAGCGUACAUCCGAGAUUCGUCUCAAUAUGCAAAAGGUCAUGCAAAGUGAUGCUGCUGUCUUCAGAACUCAAGAAUCUCUUGAUGAAGGUGUCACCAAGAUUGACAAGGUAUUCCAAUCUUUCAAGGAUGUGGGUGUCACUGAUCGUGGUAUGAUCUGGAACACUGAUUUAGUAGAGACCUUGGAACUUCAAAACUUGUUGACUUGUGCUGCUCAAACCAUGCACUCUGCUGCUGUUCGUAAGGAAUCUCGUGGUGCUCAUGCUCGUGAUGAUUAUCAAGAGCGUGAUGACGUGAACUGGAUGAAGCAUACUCUCUCUUGGCAAAACCAGGAAACCGGUGAAGUCAAGCUUGAUUAUCGUGCCGUCACUGAUACUACCCUUGAUGAAGCUGAGUGUAAGCCCGUUCCUCCCUUUGCUCGUGUUUAUUAAAUUCUCUUUUUUUUAAAAAAGAAAAAACUUCAUAUCAUAAUAAUAAAAUAAAAUAAAAAAAAACAAUAAACACAUAUACACAUUAUUUAGUUUAUUGCUUGUUUUUAAACCAACGAA